UUUAACGGAAACUUACAAAGCAAAUCUGAAUGUAGUUAUAUAAAUUUGAAAAUAUGUUAUAUGUUUUAUAAUUUCGUUUUCGAAAUUAUUAUUUUUUUAUUUUUAUAUAUUAAUAAUAAUAUAAUUUUUUAAUUAUACAUAUAUUUUUAAUAUUUAUAAUAUUUAGAAAUAUUAAUAAUUAAUUAUUAAUACGAUAACGAACAGAUUAAAGUUUAAUUUUGUAUAAUAUUUUCUAUAUAAAAAUACACUUUUGAUAUUCGAUACAAAAAAUAACCACAUUUCAUUUUAUGUCAAAUUAUCUUUAUAUUACAAUCUACAAUACUGCAAGAAUAUUACAAAGAUAAAAAUUAUUUUUAUAUAUACUUUUAAAUUAAAUGAAAUAAUAAAAAUUUCGUACAACAUAAUUUAAUUUAAUUUCAUUAUUUGCACAAUUCUGUCACAAAGAAAUAUCGAACGUCAUAAUCGAUCAAAUUGUCAUUUAUCUUAAAUUUAAUUAUUUGUUAUCGAAUAUUAUAUACAUACUUCAGAUUUGAUAAUAAUCUUUUUGCUUUGUAAGAAAUAAUUCUAUUAUUAAUUUGUUUAUAUUUUUUAUUAUUAUAAGAUAAAUUAUGUAUCUAAUGAAAACACUAAACCACAAUCACGAGAAAAAGAAAACGGCACUUUAACUUGAUGACAAUUCUUUUUUGUAUCACGCACUUUUUAUGUACACUCCGAUAGAUGACACUACGAAUAUUAUUUGUAGUGAAAAUCAAUUCGAUAGUUUUUAGUAUUAUUUUAAUUUUUUCCAUAAAAAAAUAAUAUGAAUAUGGAUUUCUAAUUCAACGAAAUUUUAACGAUGUCUCACAAUUUAAGAAUGUAACAAUAUAAACUUAUUCUUGUAUCAUUGAAUAAGGAAGAUUCAUAUCACGUGAUAGAAUAUUAUAUUCCUAUUGGCUAUUUAGUAUCAUAGAAAGAGAGGGAAUGAGAAAUACAUCGGUCAAAGAAUACGUAUAAACGCUAGAAACAGUCACUUGACAGUAGCGCCUGGUGGACGAAUGUUAAGCAAUACAUCGAUAGAAUUCUCUAAUACGGAACUUUUUACAAGGGUAAUUGUACGUCAUCUUUGAACAGUAUCAUUAAUACGUAUAAUACGUAUAAGAAAAUAACAAAGAAAUAAUCAUUAAAUUCUUAAGUUUGUAUUGGUACGCUUGUCGCAACAAGAUUGAAAAGUUAAACGGUAAAGAUGAACAUUUUGAUUGCGCUUUGCGCGAUCCUUGCUGUUUGUAAAGCAGGAGUAGUAAUACAAGCUGAGGGUCCUGCAGAUCUUCAUCUUUUGGGUGAACAAGAAUGUACAUGGGGACCUUCAUAUUGGUGUGAAAACAUUAAAACUGCAAGUGGAUGUAAUGCAACUAAACAUUGCAUUGAUAAAGUAUGGAAACAUAUGAAAGUACCAAAUGAUGAUGAUAGUGUUUGUACUAUUUGUAAGGAUAUGGUUCAACAAGCUCAUGAUCAAUUAGAAAGCAAUCAAACUCAAGAGGACAUAAAGAGUGUUUUUGAAGGAAGCUGUAAACUUAUUCAUAUAAAACCAAUUGUGAAAGAAUGUAUAACAAUUGUAGAUCAGUUUAUUCCAGAGCUUAUUGAAACUUUGGCAUCUCAAAUGAAUCCAUCUAUUGUUUGUUCUGUUGCUGGACUUUGCAAUUCUGCUCAUAUAGAUGAAUUAAUUGUAAAAUAUGAAUCAUCCAAACCUGAGAUUAAAGAAUUGAAAUCUCGUUCUUUGGAAAAAGAUGAAGUUGAACCUGAUGAAUGUUCAAAAUGUUUCACUGUGGCAGCACAUAUGGAACAUAAAUUAAAUAACACUCCUCGUGAUAAAAUAUUACAACAAAUGCUUAAUUUAUGUGCAGAAUUCAAUAGUUAUUCAGAUGCCUGUUCUGCUACAAUUCUAACUUAUUUUGAUACAUUAUAUACUCAUUUACAAGAGAAUUUCAAUGCUCAAAAUAUUUGUCAUUUAUCUGGUCAGUGUAGUAAUAAAUUUCACAAACAUGAUGAUAUUGAUACAACCUUAAAAGUAGAAAUUAGACCACUUUCAAGCGUAGGUAUGGUCGAUGUAAAUGAUGAUCUUCCAUGUAAAUUGUGUGAACAACUUUUAGGACAUUUAAGAGAUCUUCUAGUAGCUAAUACUACAGAAACAGAAUUUGAAGAAGUAUUGAAAGGAUUAUGCAAACAGACUAAGUCAUUUUCUACUGAGUGUAUUGCUAUAGUUGAUGAAUAUUAUCCACAAAUAUAUGAAUAUCUUAAGAAAGGUCUAAAUUCCAAUAUUAUUUGUCAAAUGAUGGGAAUAUGUCCUAUUCCAGGAAAAACAGUACAGAAUGGGCCAAUUUGGCCUUUAGUACCUAGAGAUGCAGGUGAAAUAGGAAUGCGUGUUUUCCAAAAUGCAAAUGAAAAUUUGAAAAGUGAUAAUGAAGAAUUGAAUAAAUCACAAGCUGAAACAAUGCAAUUGCCUAUUGAAAGAUUAGUACCAUUUCCUAUGUUAGAAGGAUCGUUAGGAACUCAAGGAAAAGAAACAUGUGCAUUAUGUGAAUAUAUAUUGCAUUUUAUACAAGAAGCUAUUACAAAUCCUACUACAGAGGAAAAAGUAAAAACAACAUUAGGAAAAGUAUGUAAGAAAUUACCAGAAUCUAUAUCGGAACAAUGUACACAAUUUGUAGAUCUUUAUGGAGAUGCUAUUGUAGCUAUUUUGGCUCAAGAAAUUGAUCCAUCUCAAGUAUGUUCAUUGUUGCAUUUAUGCCCAGAUGAAAAAUUAAUGAAGAUGUGGGAAAGUAUUCCAAAGAAGUAUAUGCUUGAAGAAGUACAGAAUAAACCUAGUUGUCCACUAUGUUUACUUGCUGUAACACAAAUUUACGAUGUUAUAAAAAACAACAAGACCGAGGCAAACAUAGAAGCUCAAUUGGAUAAAUUAUGUAUUCAUUUGCCACAUAGUUUAGUUGAUGAAUGUACAGAAUUAGUCAAAGGGUAUAGUAAAGAACUUAUAGAAUUAUUACUGGCAGAUUUAACACCUCAAGAAGUAUGUGUUUAUAUUAAAUUAUGUGAUCCUACUGAACAUCUUGGUCCAAGAAGUGAAUUUAUUACUGACAAAGAUGGUGAAAUUUUAACUAAUGAAAUACCAAAUGAUCCUAUAAGUACUGAAAUAUCAGAUGAUUUAAAUAAUGUAAAUUGUGUUGUUUGUGAAUUUGCUAUGCAUUAUAUUGACAAAUUUCUUGGUAAUAAUAAGGAAAAGAAUAAAGUUGAAAAUGCAGUGCAUAGCGUAUGUAAUCAUCUUCCAAAAACUAUCCAUAAACGAUGUAACAGGUUUGUUAAUAAAUAUGCCUCUUCUAUAAUUGAUAUUAUCACAAAAGAUGUUAGUCCUAAGCAGGUUUGCUCUUUCCUUGGAGUAUGUACAAAAUUGAUAGAAGAAAUGAAAGCUUCUGUAACAGAAUGUGCUAUGUGCAAAACAAUUAUAUCGAAAAUAAAUGACCGAACUAUUGAUGAUAACAUUGAAAAAGCAAUAUCUAAAGUAUGUCAAUAUUUACCAUCAAAUAUGGAACAUAAGUGUACUAUACUUAUUAAUUCUUAUGGACAAAGCAUAAUAAAUCUUAUUAAAAGAGGUGAACAUAUUGAUAAAAUUUGUAGUAAAAUGGGUCUUUGUGCACCCAAUGAUUAUUCAACAGUGUCUUUGGAAAAUUUACGAAUUAAACGAUCAUAUGAAAAAAAUCGUAUAAAACAUUGUACAUGGGGACCUGUUUAUUGGUGUUCUACUAAUGAAACGGCUCGUGAAUGUAAAGCUGUUGAACAUUGCAAAGAAAAUGUAUGGAAAGCUGAUUUUGCACCUCCUAAACAAAUUACCUUAAGUGAGACAGAACCUAAUGUUUAAGUUUGUAUUCACAUAAUAAAUUGAAUUAUUGUUUGGUUUUUGCAUCUUAAAAUGUUAAGUCCUAAGAAUUUCAUAUUUCUUUAGAAUAUUAUAUUGAUGGUAUGAAAAAUUUAACAUCAAUUAUUAAUAUUAUAUAUUGCACUUUUUAAAAUAUAACAAUAUGAUAGCACUAUUAAAAUCUUCCAAAAUAAUGAUUAAUUACAAUUGCGUAAUGUAGAAAAUUUAGAAAUAAAUCUAAAAUAAUAAGCUUUUUACACUAUCGCAAAUAUAUCGCGAUAUGUUGUAAAUAUAUAUUUUAUAGUGUUAAGUUCAUAUUUUAUAACAGUUACUAUAUAAUAACUUCAAUAUUGAAAAUAUAACAAUGAAUCCAUAUGUUUAUAUAUAUUUAGUAAUUAUCAAUAUACUUAUAAUUAUUAUGUAUCUGUUGCAUUAAUGUCAACUGUGAUAAUAAAACAAAAUAAAAAUACAAA